AUGAGUGAAACCGAAGUCAGCAAGCGUCUGCAAUCCUCCUUAAGCACUGACAAGGGGCGAUUCAAUGAGAUCACAGCCCUUUCGCAGAAGGCCAUCAACGAUGGCAUGUCUAAGUUGUUGGAAAGUUAUCCGGAACUAGCUAAGGUCGAGGCUUCAAUGGAGGGUAUUGGCACUCUGAAUGCUACACUACAGAGUAGUCAACUUUCCCUGGACGUCACCGGGCAGCAGAAUGCCGUCUCCAUGUACUACUGUACCUUGGGGUCGGGAACUAUCCAUUUCGGCAUCGGGAACAAAGAUGUUGAAAUAAGCAAUUGGACUAUCGCCUGGACUUGUACUCUUGAUAAGGAGGUAGUUGAUCCAAGCUCUGACGAGUUUAAAGAAGUCCAAACACAAAUCCUGCAACCCGGCGACUACUCAAUCAGUUCCUUGUUCUUUGCUUUCACUAGUAACCGUGAACAUAGUACCUUCAACGGCGUUGACUUGACCGAGGACGAAAAGUCCUAUCUAGGCCUGAUUCUCGGCCACUGGUAUGUAGGCGAGGACAGUAAGUGGCUGGACCGCAAGAAGCGCACCCUGGCGUAUGCGUUACAUACGGACAAGCCCCAGACCACCUACCCUUAUAUUGCCCCCAAUGAAACGAAGCCGGGACAGGGUCUUGGGUCGGUCGGUGAGAACAACAUGCUCCUCUAUCUUCAAAUGACCGACAAUAAACCCUUUCCCGAUGUCCGGAUUUUGGAGUACUCGGGGAAUUACGUCUCCAAGGGCAUGAACGGCACGUUUAUCAUCGACCGGAACAUCAUCUGGGAUAGCUACCUCUUUCGAACUACGGCCCCGAAGCUGCUACCUAUGUUCAACGUUUAUACCUACGCCUGGGUCGCCAGCGCCAGCAAUACGAACCUAUUCGGAGAGCAAUGGUCCAUUGGACUCGGAGACCCGAGCCAUUCAAGCGACGCUAGCUUUUAUGCGUGGAAGCAAAGUGACACGGAUGCUUUGACUUGGAAGUGGACUCCCUCAAAUGAGGAGCAGGGAUAUCAGCAUACAUACAAGUCCGACGCAGGCUGGAAUAAACUUAACAUUGAUUGUACCACUUCCAAUAUAUUGAGCACCGUUCCCGGAACUGGCAACAUCAAGGCGAGUGGCACUACGGAUGUCACCAUUGUUUGCCAGGCAGUAGCCACAACCUACCCCAUGGUAGCGGAAUACGACUACACCAUGCAUGUUCAAAUUACUUGGCAAACCAAUAUCACCGUCACCACUAGCGACGGUGGCCUAAAGUUUUCUCUCAAUUUGCCCUCCGAUCUGACCGAGGCCUUUAAGGUGACGGCAGAUCCGCUAAAGUGGCACGGUGAGACUGGAGGCUUUAAUAAGCUAGACGAAGUCAAAACCAUAUAUCAAAACUUUCAGGACCAGCUCGUCAAACAAUUCCAGAAUAUCUCAUUCGGUGAUGCUGAGAAAAGUCUGGAGAGUGAUCUUAAUACCUCGGCCCGGUUCGUGAUCCCGGGUAAGGGCUCGUUGGCAUAUAAAGAUCCGAUUUUCAACAACAAUGGGGACAUGAUGAUCGAGGCCGAUUAUGUGAUCUAA